AUGGCCGUCGGAGGCGUAGACGGAGAGGCUACCACCACGGGGCACGGGCAGACGGUGUGCGUGACCGGAGCCGGCGGGUACAUCGGGUCGUGGAUCGUCAAGCUGCUCCUGGAGAAGGGUUACGCCGUGCGAGGCACCGUCAGGAACCCCGAUGACGCCAAGAACGCGCACCUGAGGGGUCUCGCCGGCGCGGCGGAGAGGCUGACGCUGUGCAAGGCCGACCUGCUCGACGGCGACGCGCUGCGCGACGCCAUCGCCGGCUGCCACGGCGUGUUCCACACCGCGUCGCCGGUCACCGAUGAUCCCGAGGAGAUGGUGGAGCCGGCGGUGAGGGGCACGCGCUACGUCAUCGAGGCGGCGGCUCAGUCAGGCACGGUCCGCCGCGUCGUGCUGACGUCGUCCAUCGGAGCGGUGGCCAUGGACCCCAACCGCGCCCCGGACGCCGUCGUCGACGAGUCCUGUUGGAGCGACCUCGAGUUCUGCGAGAAGACCAAAAACUGGUACUGCUACGGGAAGACGGUGGCGGAGCGCGCGGCGUGGGACACGGCGGCGGAGCUUGGGGUGGACCUGGUGGUGGUGAACCCGGUGCUGGUGCAGGGCCCGGCGUUGCAGCCGGCGGUGAAUGCCAGCCUGACGCACGUUCUCAAGUACCUCAACGGCGCCACCAAGACGUACGCCAACGCCGUGCAGGCGUACGUGCACGUCCGCGACACCGCCGCCGCGCACAUCCGCGUCUUCGAGGCCCCCUCCGCCGCCGGACGCUACCUCUGCGCGGACGGCGCCGUGCUGCACCGGGAGGACGUCGUCACCAUCCUCCGCAAGUUCUUCCCCCAGUACCCCAUUCCCAAGAGGUGCUCCGACGAGGUGAACCCAAGGAAGCAGCCGUACAAGAUAUCAAACCAGCGGCUCCGUGACCUGGGCGUCGAGUUCACGCCGGCGGCGGAGUGCCUCUACGACACCGUCGUGAGCUUCCAGGAGAAAGGCAUCCUCCCGGCGGCCCCGGCUGCACCGCCUUUUGGUCCAGCUGUUGCAAACAGCAGAAUUGCUGGAACAAUUUGA